AUUUUUGCAUGACGGGUCACUCCACUGUGUCGAAUAUCUGAAGCCGUUUCUGGCUUCUUAGCGCCAGGCUUUAGUUUAAAUAUUAUAACCUAAUGAUAGUUAAUAUAUGUGCGAAAACGAUCUUCGAUUAAAGAGAUAACAUGGUCUGAUUUGAACACAAGAGCUGUGGAAGAUAUCAGCAAUUGAACGCUUUUAUCCAAGUAGGGCCUGAGAAUUCUUGCUGAGGACAACGCAGCAAUGAUGCGCCCCUGAAGACAUCUUGAUCACAUGGUCAUUCCAGUACACAACGCAACAGUCUGGCCAUCUGGAAUGAAAUAUCCAAUCCAAUCCUUUCUACAGCUGAAAAUAUUAUGAAGUAACAUGAGCCACUCAGGCUCCUAUCCUGUGCUGAGCCAAUGGUUUAAUCACCAGGACUAAAAAUGAGCAUAAGCAGUGAUGAGGUCAAUUUCCUGGUUUACAGAUAUCUACAAGAGUCAGGUUUCUCCCACUCAGCAUUCACCUUUGGCAUAGAGAGCCACAUCAGUCAGUCCAACAUCAAUGGAGCCCUGGUGCCCCCUGCUGCUCUCAUCUCCAUCAUUCAGAAGGGCCUACAGUAUGUGGAGGCUGAAGUCAGCAUCAAUGAGGAUGGAACCUUAUUUGACGGGCGACCCAUUGAGUCGCUGUCUCUGAUCGAUGCUGUGAUGCCAGAUGUAGUCCAGACCAGGCAGCAGGCCUACAGGGAUAAGCUGGCCCAGCAGCAGCAGCAGCAGCAGCAGGCGGCAGGCAGUGGCAGCAGCGCAGGGCCCCAGGGAAGCACCAAGAAUGGAGAGGGCGCUGCCAACGGCGAAGAAAACGGAUCCCACACCUUAGCCAAUCACCACUCAGAGAUGAUGGAGGUGGACAGGGAUGUGGAAAUCCCCCAAAGUAAAGCCAUGGUCCUGAGGGGCCACGAAUCAGAGGUCUUUAUCUGUGCCUGGAACCCAGUGAACGACCUCCUUGCCUCAGGGUCCGGAGACUCAACAGCACGGAUCUGGAACCUGAGUGAGAACAGCACAGGCGGAUCCACCCAACUGGUUCUGAGGCACUGCAUACGGGAAGGGGGCCAGGACGUACCCAGCAACAAAGACGUCACCUCACUAGACUGGAAUAGUGAGGGAACGUUGCUUGCAACAGGUUCAUAUGAUGGCUUUGCCAGAAUAUGGACCAAAGACGGUAACCUGGCCAGUACUUUGGGCCAGCAUAAAGGUCCUAUAUUUGCUCUCAAGUGGAAUAAGAAAGGAAACUUCAUCCUAAGUGCUGGUGUAGACAAGACUACAAUUAUUUGGGACGCCCACACUGGAGAGGCAAAGCAACAAUUUCCUUUCCACUCUGCACCUGCUCUGGAUGUCGACUGGCAGAGCAACAACACAUUCGCCUCCUGUAGCACAGACAUGUGCAUCCAUGUGUGUAAGCUGGGUCAGGACAGACCAGUCAAGACCUUCCAGGGACACACGAAUGAGGUGAACGCCAUCAAGUGGGAUCCCACUGGCAGCUUGCUGGCCUCCUGCUCAGACGACAUGACACUGAAGAUCUGGAGUAUGAAGCAGGACUCGUGUGUCCAUGACCUCCAGGCUCACAGUAAAGAAAUCUACACCAUCAAGUGGAGCCCCACAGGACCCGGGACCAACAACCCCAGUGCCAACCUCAUGCUGGCCAGCGCAUCAUUUGACUCAACGGUGCGCCUGUGGGACGUGGAGCGCGGGGUGUGUAUCCACACACUGACCCGCCACCAGGAGCCCGUCUACAGUGUGGCCUUCAGUCCUGAUGGCAGGCACCUCGCCAGCGGCUCCUUUGACAAGUGUGUUCACAUCUGGAACACUCAGACUGGGACUUUAGUUCACAGCUACCGGGGCACAGGGGGGAUCUUCGAAGUGUGUUGGAACGCCACAGGGGACAAAGUAGGAGCCAGCGCAUCAGAUGGAUCGGUGUGUGUAUUAGACCUGAGAAAAUGACACUUGUCUGGGGGAGCCGUGGACCGACUACGAAUGUGUACAUAGCCAAAAUGACUGACUGUCCCUGCCUGUCCACCACACUGCUGUAGUCCCAUCAGAUGCCAUGGCCCACCAUUACAGCCAGAUGGAGUCUGCCCCCCCCAGUGUACAUACAAGGACCACACUUUUGUCACAUUUUACAGUUCUUAUGCACAUGUGUCAGACAGACCUGCAGGAAGAAACAUUUCUCUGUAAACACAGUACUUGUCAGACCUGUCACGUUCAAACCAAAACACCAGGAUUCAUUUUGCUUUCCUCUUUUUAUCCUUUGUACCUGAAAACUAAAGAAUUUUGUUCUCUGUUGGUGUGUGCAUAUUGCAUAUGUCAGCAUCUGGUGUCCUGUGGACAUUGUUUUUGAAUUUGGAUUUUGCUGAUGUGUGGGUUUUAUAUGACAUGGGCUGGGAGAGAAGGGUUCAGAGUUGUUCAUUGGGAGAUUCGUUCAUCCACUUCUGGGCACUCUUUAAGGUUCAAAAAAUGCAGCUGUGUAGCUUAGAAGAUGAAGUGGUUUAUUAUUUUGUCAACUCUAUUUUUGUCCAUUUUUACCUUUUUUUUGACAAAAGUAUAAAGCAGUUAAUGAUAGGGUGAACAGCCUUUUCUUUUGGCAACUUUUAUCCUCAGAAAUGGUUUUUCAAGUGUUCAUCAGGUUAAUAUAGAGCUCUAAAUAAUUCAGAACCCUAGGGGGGCUGAAAGGCUGAAAGGUAAUCUUUGUGGCUGUAAAAAUAUCUUGUCGAUCUCAGUCUAGCCAUAUGCUGGGCAGAAAGACAUCGAAGUUGAUGUGCAUCCAGCCCCAGGUUUCAGACACUGAGCUCAUCCUGGAUCUUACAUAUAGGAGGCUAUGCUUUUGCAUCAGCAGUGAGGCAAUGUGGCACAGGAAUAGCUUGCUUUCUGGUAUCGGUGCAGCUUCUGGGGUCUGUGGGUGAAAGGGGAGAGAGAGAGAGAGAGGGACAGGAAAAACAGGGCCAUAACGCCUCGCAUCCAUCUGACGUCAGUAAUUAAUAAGCAUAAUUGUGUUUGUUGCCUCAGUUAAUUGCUCUUUGCUAACCAGUGCUGAAUGAUAAUCAAACUAAGCUGUUCUAAUUGUGUCCUGUUUCCCUUGCUUGGUCAUUAAACAGCAGAAUAUCAUCUGGAGUAUCACGUCCUCUGCAGGCACACAGUGUUUGAUGGCACUCUUUUAAACAUGGCUCAACCUUCACUCACAUCACAACUGAAAUGACUAAUUAAUGAGGCUCGAGGUCAUAUCAGUGUGUCGUGUUGAGCAGUCGUUUCAGCUUCAAUGCGUCUUGACUUUCAAUCUGUUACAUGUCUGGCAUUCAUGUCCAUUACCGACCUCAGCACACACACUACAGUCCCUGCUUUGGUUUGCUGUUGUCAGGCGGUUUAGCACUAACAUACACACACACACUCUGGAGACGGGCUGUGUUCAGGCCUAUGCACCAAUAGAUGGCGCUUUUGUUUGUAGUGUUCAGAGUUGGUGUUUUGAGGCAGGUCUGUGUUUGUUGUGAAAAAGCAGACUUGCAGCAUUUGACUUGAUGUAACAUGGUAUCUGCAUACACACACACACACACACACACACACAGGGGAUUCUUUCUGUAUGCCACUCAUACCCUAAGAGUGGAUUUUAAAGUUACUUUUUGAAGAUGCUUGAAAUACAAUAUAUGAUGUUAUUGUGCAUCACCAGGGGUCCUGACCAUGAGGAAUGGUUUUGUUUAUAAAAUACCAUUGAACAGUCAUAGCCAAAAUAAUAAUAAAAAAAGCAUCCCUUUGGUGGGUUUUUUUCCUGCACUUUAGACUUAAAAUGGAGAAACAGGGAGGUGUGUUUGUUAAUGCCAUCGUAGACACAUCUAAUGUUUAAAAAUGCUCUUAAAGAUGAAUCAGAAUUGAUGCAGAAAAUGUGCAGUGUUCCUGCGAGUAAACAAAGGGUGAAAAGUGUCCUAUCUGAGUCCUCCCGGGACGUCAAAAGUCGAAGCAGGCCAACUUCGUGGCAUUCCAGGUCCCAUCUUGCUAAUGGCUUCAUACACAUUUCAGAGGUUUUUGGUUUUCUUGUUUUUUUUGUUUUUUUUAAAGUUUGUACUGAAGACUACUUUGAAGUUUGCUUUAAUACAGUCAGCAGUGAUUGGACUGUACCACAAAGACACUAUUUCAAAUGAUGUCUAUGACAGUGGAAUGGUAUUUUAUAAUGUUUCGUUUUUAGACGAUAAGCUUUUUACACUGCAUUCAAGUGUGUUUGCUAUCUUUAGUUCCUACCGAAAGAACUAAUGUUAAUUCUAUCUUUGCUAUGUUGGAGAACCCUUGAAGGUUUUGUACUUCUCAAAACUUUUGUAAUUCUGAUUUAUUUCUAGUUACAUACACGAAAUGAACAAAAAAUCUAAAAUCUGGAUUUAAUUGUUGAUGUAUUAUAACACAGAACAUGUAAAUACCAAUUUGCAGAUUUUUUUCUUUGGUUGUGUUGUCUUUGCCCUCACCUACGUUGUACUCUUUUUCUCUCUCACUCACAUGGUUGCAUUCGGCAGCCUUCCCGAUCUGACUGUUGUAAUAUCACUCAGAUUUCAAGGUCUAGAAUAAAAUCUAUUUUGAUAAUA